GGACCCAUGUGACACUUGGGCUGGUCAGUUCAUCUAGCGAGGAGCCCUCCAGUCUUACCUGGGAGUGGGGUUGUGUGGGUACUUGGCUGCCAAAAUACUUGGGACAGUUCAGGGAAGAGGGGUAGAACCCCGCACUGUUCAGUGUGUAAACUUUCACCUCCAUCAAUUUUAAAUUUGGUGUCCCACUCUCAGCUCUAGCGGGUGUCCCCACCCAAACUCCCUGUAGGUCAGUCUGUCCAGAAAGUGAAUGUGUUAGGCUGGGGAGAGGUCUUCUCCUGCUGGCUGUGUGAGGUGCAGGGGAAGAGGAGUCCUAACUGCAUCGGAUAAACUCUGUUUCCAGGGUCAGCUGUGCACCACUCUCAGAGCAUCUGUCUCCAUGUUUCUAAAAUUUGGGGGGGAUUUUGAGGCAGGAAUUGACCAACUUCUGGGCCUUUACCUUUCUGCUGUCUGUUAAGUCAGUCACUGAUACCUGCACACUCAUUUUCUUGUUCUUGUAGGUUUAUGACUUAAGUCUGGUUUUUAGUGGGGUUUCAGGAGCGUCAAGGUAAAGGCAUGUGUGUGUUUAGCUGGAAUUCUAUUCCUAGUCACACUUCAGCUCACCUCAGUCUGGCUCCCACCGCCAUCACACCCUUGAAAUUGCUCUGGGCAAGGUCCCAGAUGCAAUGGUGGGAUUCUAUCGAGUGUCAGGGCUUGGCUGCACAGAACUGAGUUGAUUCCCUCAAUCAAACUCAAAGAUCUCCUUGAUUGACAGACCCAGUGAUCAGUUCUCUGACUUUCUCCUAUGCAGCCUCUUAGCAUAUGACACAUUUGACCAGUCUCUUCUUGACUUCCAUGGAACACCCUCUCUGGGUUCUCCCACCCCACUGACCCCUCCUUGCUGGAUGUGCCUCCUUUGCAUGACUUCCGAACAUCAGAGAACUGUGGGGCAUGGCUUGUUCCCUGUCCUCUGUCUACAGUCUCUGCUUAGUAGUCUCAGCCAGCCCACGGCUUAGAUGCACCUGUGUGCCGAUGACUCCCAGGAGCACAUCCUCCAGCCCUGUGCUCUAUGCCUGGCUGUGGUUUCCCCACUUGGAUGUGCACGGAGCAUCUCAAACCGUAUUUCUAGACCAGAACCCCAAGUCAGUUACCUUCCCCCCACACCUUGCCCCCUGAUCUCUCUCUCUCCUUCACUGCACUCCUGCCUUGUUUAGUUACUUAUUUCCUCUCACACUUGACUUUUAAACCUGCCAAAGGGCAAAGGCUGGGCCUUGCCUGAGUCAGUAUUCCACAGCACCUAACAUAACACUUGGCAUGUGGCUGAUUCUGAAAAUUAUUUACUGAAUGAAAUCAAAUAAUGAAGGUAGUCCAAGAAGAGUUUGUAAAAAGUGGGGAUUUGGUCCUGCACAGACUAUGAAAGGCUAAGAAGGCAAAGAAACAAAGCAGGGGCAAACGAACCUCUGAACCCCCUGGAUCCCAACUCUCUGGCCCUGCCCAUCACUAAAGAUCCCCUUUCCAGAACCUCAGGACACAGAUUUCCAAGUGUGGCCCAGCCCAGCCCCCAUCUGCAUCCCUCAAUUUCUGCCUCUCAGCCCCGCCCUCCCGGCCCUGAGCCAGGGCUUGUUUUUGGAGGUGGCGAUGGGGCCCCAGGGGAACUGAGUCAGUGGCAAUAACUAGCCUCGCCCCACCACUGCGGGGCGGUGUGUGUUCCUGCUUUCCCCACUGUGGGGUCAGACCAGUAGUAAGGGAGCCAGACUCUGGCUGGCACCAUGGCUGGGGUGAGAGUGAGAGGAGUGUCCACGGGGGAGGCCUUCGGGGCUGGCACGUGGAACAAAAUAUCUGUCGGCAUCGUAGGGACCCAGGGAGAGACUCCCCCAUUGCCCCUGGAUCAUCUUGGCAAAGAGUUCACCGUGGGCACUGAGGAGGACUUCGAGGUGACACUUCCCCAGGACGUGGGCUCGGUGCUGCUGCUGCGCAUGCACAAGAUGCCCCUGGCGCUGCCCUGCCCGCUGGGAUCCUUGGCCCCGGACGCCUGGUUCUGCCGCUGGUUCCAGCUCAUGCCGCCCCAGGGCUCCUCACUCCGCUUCCCCUGCUACCAGUGGCUGGAGGGUGAGGAGAGCCUGGUGCUGCGGGAGGGGACGGCGAAGAUCUCAUGUGAAGACCACCACCCCAGGCUCCAGCAAUAGCGUGAGGAGGAGCUGCAGGCCAGGCAGAUGUAUCGCUGGAAAACUUACCACCCAGGCUGGCCUCACUGCCUGGACGAGGAGACCGUAAAAAACCUGAACCUCAACAUCAAAUACUCUGUGACCAAGAAAGCCAACUUCUACCUGCAAGGUGGCUCUUUGCUGGCCGAGCUGAAAGUCAAGGGGCUGCGGCACCGCAAGGGGCUCUGGAAGAGUCUGAAGGAGAUGACCAAGGUGUGCAGCUUCUGGAAGACGCCAGCCGUUGGGUACGGGUUUGAGCACUGGCAGGAGGACGCCUUCUUCGCCUACCAGUUCCCGAACGGCCUCAGCCCGGUUCUGAUCCGACGUUGUUGCUGCCUCCCAAAGAACUUCCCUGUCACCGAUGCCAUGGUGGCCCCCAUGUUGGGCCCAGGGACCAGCCUGCAGGCUGAGCUGGAGAAGGGCUCCGUGUUCCUGGUGGAUCAUGGCAUCCUCUCUGGCGUCUGCACCAAUGUCAUUAAUGGGAGGCCUCAGUUCUCUGCCACCCUAAUGACCCUGCUCUACCAGCGGCCAGGGUGUGGGCCCCUGCUGCCCCUCGCCAUCCAGCUCAGCCAGAACCCUGGGCCUGACAGCCCUAUCUUUCUGCCCACUGACAACAAGUGGGACUGGCUGCUGGCCAAGACGUGGGCGAAUGCCGAGUUCACCUUCCACGAGGCCCUCACACACCUGUUACAGGGGCACCUGAUAGCCGAGGUCUUCACCCUGGCUCUGCUACGCCAGCUGCCCCAUUGCCACGUACUCUUCAAGCUGCUGAUCCCACAUAAACAGUAUACCCUGUAUAUCAGCACAUUGGGCUGCGAGCUGCUCAUCGCCUCCGGGAAGGUGGUGGACAGGUCCACAGGCCUUGGCCUUGAAGGUUUGUCUGAGCUGACACAGAGGCACAUGGAAGAGCUGAACUACUCCGCCCUGUGUCUUCCCGAGGAUACCCGGGCCCAAGGAGUUGAAGACAUCUCGGGCUACUACCACCGAGAUGAUGGGAUAAAGAUCUGGGAUGCAGUGGAGCGCUUUGUCUCCGAAAUUAUCAACAACUACUACCCAAGUGAUGAGUCUGUCCGCGAUGACAGUGAACUCCAGGCCUGGGUGUGGGAGAUCUUCUCUGAGGGCUUCCUAGGCCGGGAGAGCUCAGGUCUACCCUCCUCCCUGCGGACACGGGAAGCCCUGAUACAGUAUGUUACCAUGGUGAUAUUCAACCGCUAGGCCAAGCACUCUGCUAUCAGUGCGGGGCAGUUUGACUUCAGUGCCUGGAUGCCCAACCUGCCGCCCUCCAUGCAGCUGCCACCGCCCACCUCCAAAGCCCAGGCAAACCUGGAGGGGUUCCUAGCUACCCUCCCACCAGUCAAUGCCACGUGUGAUAUGAUCAUUAUCUUCUGGAUGCUAAGCAAGGAGCCUGGAGAUCAACGGCCCCUGGGCACCUACCCAGAUGAGCACUUCACUGAGGAGGCCCCGCAUCGGAGCAUCGCCACCUUCCAGAACCGCCUGGCCCAGAUCUCAUGGGACAUCUGGGAGCGGAACCAGGGCCUGGAGCUGCCCUAUACCUACCUGGACCCUCCCCUCAUCGAGAACAGUAUCUCCAUCUAAAUUCCCUGGAGAAUAGGGCCUGAGGUAUCAGAGCUUGGGUUUUUCCAUUUCACUAGUUGUUAUAAAACAAUGUGGACAGAUGCAAUAUAUAUUUGAAUAACUGCGUCAACAUGGCCACUGAAAUAAACAGAACAAUGCUUCAGAAAGAGCAGUGCUGCCCGGCAGGCAGAAUGCGAACUGUCCUUCUUUACUGAGAGUCAGGGUAACCCCAAGUGAUUCAGAGAUAUAAAGCUGUUAAACUUCCUUGGUUUAAAACAAUUCCUGCUAACUCAAGCAAUCAAAGAGUUUAUGGAAAAGAAACUGAGUGCCUUGAGGGACUAAAGAAAGGGAUAAACCACUUAAAGAAAGGGAUAAACAGAGUAAGAGCUCAACAAGUCCUCAAGAAGUCCUGGAAACCCGGAUGUUCUGGACAGGGACCAGUGGACAAGUUCCCUCAGGCACUGCUGUCAGAAUGAUGAAGUUCCUACCACGUUUUGUCCUUGAAUUAUUUGCCUCGAUAUUCACAUUCCAUGAAGAAGAGUCUGUUUGACUUAACCUGGAGUGGCAGAAAUCACCAGUGGCUGUGGGCAGGAGGCGUUUGGGCUCAUCAGGUAUCUCAGGCACUUCCCAACAUUUCCCAGGCUACUUUGCGGUUUGGUUGCGGCCACAUGACCAAUUCUGGCCAAUGGAUUGUGAGAGGAGUGACAUAUGUCACUUCCAAGAUGAGGCAGGUAAGAGCUGGUGUGCUGCCUCCAUGCUUCUCUCCCCCUUGAGGCUAGCUCAGAGGCAUGUUCCACAACACAUGAGCCCAUCCUUCCCUCCAUCACUAGGCUGUAAGCUCAUGAGGACAGAGUUCAUAACUGCCCUCCACACUGCAGGUGCUAGGUAGGUGCUGAAUGGAGGAAUUAAUACACAAAUGAUUCCUAAAACCCUUCUGUGUCCUUUUUCACUUACCUGUGUGCUCCUUUCCUAGACGGUGAGUUUCUGGAAGGCAGGAACUGGGUCUCAUUCAGCUUUGUAUGCCUGUGCCCUGCUUUGUGCUGACACAUGAGAGAUACCCGACAAAAGUCUGUUUAAUGAUGGAUGAAAGGAAAAAUGGAUGAAUGGAUAGAUGGAUGGAUGGAUGAAGUAGUAGAGUAGAAGUUUGUUACAGGUAACAUUCACCUCUAGGGGAUAUACAGUUCACUCUUCAGAAUGGUGGUCCCCUUGGCUUAGGUGAGGGCUUCCUUAUGGACAAUGAGACAUUGAACAUCCAGACCCCAAUGUCAUGCUGUGAGGACCCCCACCCCAACUGGGCUUUCUAGCCACAGGGGAAGGACUGGGCCCCUCUUCACCACCAGGACUCCUGCCUCCACUAUCCCAGGUGUUUCACUUUGGAAAUUCAGGAGUCAUGGAAAGAGAAAAGAGGCGGGAGUGUAGGGUGGAAGGUCCCAGAAGAGCCCAGCUUACCCCCUGUCAAGAGUUCCACAACUGGGUAGAGUGAGUCACCAGGGAAGGAGGAGGACAAAGAUGUGUGUAGGUAGCAGCAAAGGGGUAGAAAGCGAGAUGCAACUCUAAGACAUUAGCACAGAACAAGGUUGAUGAGACAAUUCAGACACAGGGGUUGUCAGACAUAAAAAUUAAAGGCAAGUAACCAAUGGAAGCAACUAUUUGCAACAAAUAGUAAAUAUCUGAAAUAUAUAAAGAGCUUCUACAAAUAAAUAACCCAGCAGAAAAAAAGGGCAAAUAACAUAACACAAAAUUCACAAAAGGUGGCUCAUAAAAUAAACCUAAAUGUCUAAUAAACAUGUGAAAAGAUAUUUAACCUCACUGGUCAUUAGUGAAGUGUACUCAGAGUUGUCAAGGGUGUGAAUCCACAGGGCCCUGGUUAAACAGCGUGACAGUGUAAUUUUGGAGGAUAACUCUUUGGAAGGCUCAAUCAAACUUUAGAAUAAAAAAAAAGGGGGGUUUAAUCCAGCAAAGCACUUACAAGAAAAUGUCUUACUGAAAACUCCCAUAUUUGCAUAAAGAAAUGUUUACAGUGAUGUUCUAUGCAAUGUUAUUUAUAGUAGGGGGAAAAAAACUUUUAGAAAUGUAAAUGCCAGAAAGAGAAUGUUAAAUUAGGAAACAAUUCUACUGAGAAAAAUAAUGUAGUUGGUAAUAAAGUCAAUCCUUAAAUGCUGACAUAGGGAAAACAUUGAUGAUGUAUUGUUAUGUAGGUGGAAAUUAGUCACACAAUGAUUAGCAUGGUAUGAUUCCUUUUAUUGUUAAAAAAAAAAAA